AUCUCCCAAAUAAAAAAGCUUGAGAGAAAUAUUAAUGGGUGAUUGGGCUGGGGUGGUGAUAGGGUUGGUCCUGUUUGUGGUGCUUUCACCAGGAUUACUCUUCCAGGUUCCCGGCAAAGGAAGAGCAGUGGAUUUCUGCAAUUUCCAAACAAGUGCCAUCUCCAUCUUUGUUCAUUCCCUUCUCUUCUUUGGCUUCAUGGCCAUCUUCCUUAUUGCCAUUAAUGUUCACAUUGGUAGUGGAUAAAUCAAUACAAUAUGGAACAUCUCUUUUGUUCUGUUAUAUCUUAUACCUUCCUCUUUAUCCCAUUCCAUUUAGGGUAUGGAAUAGGACUUCUUGUUUACUUUCAUCCAUGAACAGUGAAAAGAUAAUUUUAUUUCACUUCACCCUUUUUAAUUU